AUGAAUCAAAUUGGGAAUGGCGGACAUGGUCACCUUUGUUUCCUAUUUAGUAAAUUACUUGUCCUUUUAUCAAUCAUUGCGGGAACUGUUAUCUUUCUUCUUGCUUAUCAUUUCCGGUAUCAACUUAUUAUAUGGUUAUGUUCAAUGCCAUUCCUUUAUUUAACCUUACUUUAUUCCUAUCAUUUAACAACAAAUCCUAUAUUUGUUGUUAUUUUUCUAUGCUAUACAUUACUUUCAUAUAUAUCAUAUAAUUUGGAAAUACAAAAUGGUGCAAUACGUCCUGAAGAUAAUACAAUUUUUAAAUGUUACAUUCGUAUGCUUUUUUAUGCAUUUUAUCCACCAUAUAUGACAACAUUAGUUGUCAUUUAUCCGGAAUUUGAACGACAAAUGCGACAACGACGAAAUAAAAUACGUGAAGGACAACUCUAA